AUGUCCGUCACAACGUCUCUUUGGUGGCCCGAAGACAGAAUCAAAGCUACGCUGUCAUCAGAAUAUGUCUUCGGUCACUUGCCAUCCAACGUCCUGCACCGCCUCGUGGAGCCUUUGCCCUGGGGAGAGGGCCUGACUAGCGAGACGUAUCUCGACUGGAUUCUCUCCAAGGCGGGGAGACUUUUUCUCAUUCUGGUCGAUAUUGAGAUUCCAGAUCGCAUUUUCGCCUUGGUAGAUGAAAACGAGGAUCCUUCCUUGGAAUCGAGGUUCUUCCUUGCCCAAUGGCGUUUCAUUGUUCGCGGAAUUGGCGAAGGCGAGCAUGUAAAAUAUACGGAGAAUGAAGGCGUCCCCGUGGAGCUUCUGCGAACUGGAACAGCACUUGUGAGAGAGGGUGUUGAAAAGGUUGUCUUAGCUGGUGCUGUCUGUCGAGUUUACUUGCGGACGCAGGUUACAAUUGGAGGGGCGCCGCAUUUUUUCGAAGAAGAUGAGGUCCUUGAAGAGAUUAAGUCCUUGGGACGACUGGCCCAUGACCAUGUAUAUUCGAUAUACGGGUCUUAUUUCGUUGACAAAACCGUGUGUAUCCUUUUCACUGGUGUAUACGAACGCACUUUGAUGUCUUUCCUCACCGAUAUCCCCCCGCACUUCAAGCGCCUCCCCAAAGCCCAACGCCGAGAGAUUUUGCUUAACUGGCCACAUUGUCUCGCAAAUGGGCUUUCAUGGCUCCAUGCACAUGGCCAGGUUCAUGGCGCUAUUCGCCCUUCGAACAUACUCGUUGACGCAGAUAACAGGGUCUUUCUGGGCCAAUUCGAAGCUCUCGAUACGCUGUUACCUCCGGUCAGGGUAGAUGAUGUGGAGUCAUAUCAGUAUGGUGCUCCAGAACGUUGGGUACGCUCGGCUAGUGUCCAGCAAGCAGGUCCGCAACGAGUUGAUCUCCCAUCGGGUGGGCGUACAACUCGGAAGCAGUCAACGCAUCCAAUGAGGCUAGGCCUAUCGAUAUUGAAAGGACCACACCGGGCGGAACACGAGUCUGUUAGCCCAAGAUCUGGUUCAAUGGCUUCUCAGAGCACCGCCAUUCGUGUUGGUCUUCCUGGAUCUCGAUUUUCCUUUGCUGCGUCGUCCUCUUCGGGAUCCAGCAAUGGGAGUGCUCGUAAACGCGUCAUAUCCUCCAUCAAACGGCCUAUAUUAUACACGCCCUCUCUCACUUCUUCUAGCUCAUCGGGAUCUUCUUCGAAUCGUGCUUCUUCAGUGACAAACCCGGUCGGUUUGCCAGGUACAAAUUCCAGUGCGGCCGUAGUCCACACGUGGGAAUCACAUCAAACCGACCCGGAAGCUUCAGAUAUCUUCUCUCUCGGGGCAGUAAUUCUGGAUAUAUUCACCCACCUUUGUAAGCGCAAGAUUUCUGCAUUUGCCCAUCAUCGCGGGGCGAAAAAUCGAACCGCCGGCCGUGGAGGAGGUGUUGCUGAUUGCUCCUUCCAUCUGGACCGGAACCUUACCCAAGUCACCUCAUGGAUUACCCUUCUGGAUCACGACUCAAAGAAGCAAAAAGACUCUGUGUUUCAGGCUGUUCGACCAAUACUAGCCGUAGUACGAGAAAUGUUGAAUAAGGAGCCCGCCGAUCGGCCCUCCGCAUAUCAAGUUGAACAUCACUUUUCUGUGAUAAUACACCAACUGAGAGGAAUGGCUAAUAUGCACUGCUCCUCACGCCUGCAGUACCAUACCAGAAACCCGAAGGAUCGAUUACACGAGGCGCCACAUGUAACAACACCAAGACUUACUGUUCCCUCGAUUUCCAGAUCAGCAUCCCCACACUCACCUCUAUCUGCAGCGACAAACUCUCCUAUUUACGCAGAGGAGUCUAUAGGGUUCACUCCAUCCCCAUCACCAUCCGUGGCCGGCUUGAACAUCUCUGGUUCUACUACGACCUAUGCCGAGAACAGUGACACAGACCAGGAGAGUCGCCGGUACGCUGACUCGGAUGCUGCCCCCUGGUACGACCCAUCUUGGAAUUACAGAAUGGCAAUUUGA